AUGACUAGUUUCCUUCGUGCUGUUCCCAAGUCGCUGCUGCGUUCUGCCGCGGCCCCGUCGCUGCGUACUGCCCCGGUGCUGUCGGCCUCGCGUGCCUUUUCCAUGACGGUGCCCUCGCACCUGUCGUACUGGAAGGCCAAGGAGAUCCCCGACACGGACAUUGAUAUGCCGAUCAACCCCGGUGUCAACCCUGACCCGAAGAACAUUGGUGUGAAUGCUGUGCUCAAGCGUCGCCCUGAGACGAUGGACAAGCAUGUCACCACCAUUUUUGCCGAGUUCUCCCUUCUGGAGAAAACUGCUGUGGUCACUGGUGGCAACCGUGGUCUUGGUCUCGAGAUGGCUCUGGCGUUCGUUGAAGCGGGUGCCGAGGUAUACGUCAUUGAUAUGGCCGAUGAGCCGAGUGAGGACUUCAAGAAGGUCGCCCAGCACUGCCGCAAGCUGGGCCGCCGCCUGACGUUCAUUACGGCCGACGUGACGAACGAAAAGCAGAUGAACGAGGCCAUGGACUUCAUCUUGGAAGAUACGCCGACAAAGACGCUGGAUGUGUGCAUGGCCAACGCUGGUAUCAUGCAGACCUUCCCGGCUAUCGACUACCCUGUGGACAAGUUCCGCAAGAUGCUUGAUGUGAACACCACGGGUGUAUUCAUCACGGCCAAGUCGGCUGCGCGGAUCAUGCGUAAGCGCCCUGAUCUGAACACGUCGAUCAUCCUUACUGCCUCGAUGUCGGGUACCGUUGUGAACCGUGACCAGCAGUGGGUUGCCUACAACACGUCGAAGGCUGCCGUGCUGCAGAUGGGCCGCAACCUGGCUGCCGAGUGGGGUCCGCACAACAUCCGUGUGAACACACUCUCGCCUGGUUACAUCCGCACGAACCUGGUCUCGGACCAGCUCGACACUGACCCGGAGAUGCUCGCUCGCUGGAGCGAUGCCAACCCGCUGGGCCGCAUCGGUCGCCCGCAUGAGCUGCGUGGUGUGGUCGUGUGGCUUGCCAGCGCUGCGUCGUCGUUCUGCAACGGUGCUGACAUUAUCGUCAGCGGUGGUCACACCAUUUGGUAA